AUGCAAUCCAGAUCUUUGAUUUUGUCAAUCGUUUCCAGUCUGGCACUGGCUAAUGCUGCUCCUAAGGCCGAUGCUGAGGCCCUUGCAGCUGCCCUCCCAGCUCCUAUCGCUGAAGCUAUGGCCCAAGCUCUUGCUCAAGAGGAUUUGGCCUCUUUCAGUUGCCACGAGUCUUGUGGUUACAUGAUCCUUGCGGCCAGAGCAUGUGCUCCUGAUUCAAAUGCUCCUGGUGUUGAUUUUGGUCCUUGGGACACAGACUGUCUCUGUACAGACCAAGGUGGGUUUGAAGAAUUAGUUGAGCCAUGUUUGGAAUGUGGAUGGUGCUUGUGGGCCGACUACGGAAAGUAUUUGGUCGCUCCUUUGGAAGAGUGUGGUCACACUACUCUUCCAACUGGAACUCUAUGUUCUGAAGUGGCUUCUUCUGCUACAGCCAGAGUCUCCGCUCAAAUUUCAGCCACAUUAGCCGCCCUUUCCUUGACCACCUAUCCUGUAUCUGAAACCGGGGUUGCAACCAGCAAUAAUAGUUCCAACUCAACAACUUCAGCAUCAUCAAAUUCGACUUCAAGUUCCACAACCGGUUCAGGAUCAACUAGCUCCGGCACUACGACUGAGGGUGAAACUACCUCAGCUACAGACGGUGCUGCUAAACUUCAAUAUGGUGCAGGUAUCGUUGGUGCUAUUGGUGCCGCUGCCGCACUCUUGCUAUAA